AUGAUCGAAGCAUGUCCAUUCCACACACCUGACACCUGGACUUCUCUAGAUCUUCCAUUCCAGACCAACCAGCCAAGUCACUCCAGUCGGACGAGUCAUCAUUUCAACACCGACCUAGGUGGCAUCGGCGGUGAUGUCGUGACCGGCAGCUGCCAGCACUCAUAG